UUUUAUUUUAUUAAAUUUUUUUUGCUGAAAAACAUUUUGAUUUUAACGUUUUUUUUCAAAUUAACAAUGGCAACUGAUGAUAAAUCUGAUGAUAAGAAAUCAUUGAUUCUUAAAUGGUUAACACAAUGGCGUGAUCAAUCUCGACAACAUGGUAGUAAAUUAGAAUAUGUUUAUGGCAAGGCAUUAAAAACUCUUCGUGAACAUCCUCAUCCAAUAAGUUCUUGUGAUGAUUGUAAAAAAUUAAAAAAUUUUGGACCAAAAAUCUGUGAAAAAAUUAAUAAAGAAUUUACCAAACUUAAUAAUACUGGUGAUGAUCGUUUAUUAUCUAAAACAGCCGUUUCCAGUCAACAAUAUUCACCAAAACGUACAUUAACCGAUAUUUUACCUGUUGCUGUUCGUCCUAAACGUCCAUUGAUAUGUACUCCUAAACAAUCAGCAAAUAUUUUUGCCAAAAAUAGUCCACCAGUUAAAAUCACGAAAACAGCAACACAACGAAAUGUAAAAAAUUGGGUUCCAACUCCCGGUCAAACACCAUUUGCAAUUUUAGUUGCAUUACUUCGACGUCAUUUAGAAUUCGAUGAUAGCCGAGUAAAUAAAUUGGAUCUUCAAGAUAUGGCCGAACUUUAUACGACAACACGACCAUUGAUUUUAACUGCCGCAUUGAAUUCAUUGAUUCAUCGACGACAAUUAGUCGACAAAACUUCUGAUCGAAAUGCUAGAUAUUUUCUUACCGAUAGUGGACGAAAAUUGGCCAUACAAUUAGCGAAACAAUGUCCUAUGCUAAAGGAUUUUGUUGCUCGUUUCCUUAACGAUAAAAAUAAUCUCAUUACUAAUUAUUUCGAAACCCGAGAUUGCACCGAAUCGAUUCAAACUCCAUGUCAGAAUUUUAUUCUUGAAGCCGGUACCUAUGACAUAGUACUUUGUAUUGAUACUAGAGAACGAUAUUCUGAUAGAAAUGGUACUCAAAAUCGAACUGCAUUUCCAGUGGCUCUUCAACAAAAAGGUAUACUUAUCGAAAUUCGUACCCUUCCGUUGGGUGAUUUUGUUUGGAUAGCUCGAGAGAAAAUUCAAACAUCAACCGAUUCAAACAAUCAAACUAUUGUUCAACAACAACAACAACAAAAAAAAGUUCGCCGUGAAUUAGUUCUCGACUACAUCAUUGAACGUAAACGUAUUGAUGAUUUGGCUAGUUCGAUAAAAGGUCAUCGAUGGAAUGAACAAAAAUUUCGUUUACGAAAUUCUGGCAUACGUAAUCCAAUGUAUUUAAUCGAAUAUUUUGGAAAAAAAUCUCGUAAACAAGAUCAUGGUUACCUAUCGGCAGCCACACUUGAACAAGCCAUUUCGAAUUGUGAAAUCGAUGGAUUCGAAAUAAAACUUACCGAUAGUUUCGAUGAAACCGUACGAUAUUUAGCCAACAUGUCACGAUCAUUGCAAUGUUAUUAUCAAAAUAAAUCAUUACUUUCUUGUCAAGAUAAAAAACAACUUGGACGUACCUGUGCAAAAGAUUUUGUCUACAUGACAUUCAAUGAAUUUGUUACAAAUUCAAGUAAAAUAACCAUAUUUACAGCUAAAGAAAUGUUCAUCAAACAUUUAUUACAGAUACGUGGUUUAUCAAUGAAAAAAGUUGAAACUUUAAUCAAAAAAUUUCCAACCAUUCGUUCACUUUUUCAAGCAUAUUCCAUGUUAAAACAUGAUGAUGAUAGUAAACGUGAAAAUCUAUUGACAAAUUUAAAAUGUGAUUCACUUUCAGGCACACAAGAUCGUCGUCUAGGUCCUGUGUUGAGUAAAAAAAUUAAUUAUUUUUACAAUUGAUCUCUCUAUUGAUUUUGACAUUUGAUGAUGAAUAUAUUUUUUUAUUGUUUAUUCUUAAAAAAAAAGAUUUUUUGCAUUAAAUGAACAUUGAUAA